CCAUAGCGGAUAUAUAAGAGACCUGGGACCCGAGAGCAGACCAUAACGAACCGCUAUUGUCAUAACAUGAAGGCGCCUAUUAUGCUGCUCCUUGCCCUCGUGGCUGGAGUUCUCGCAGGGCCAAUAAAUUUACGUGUUAAUGAACCAAAUAUUUGUGCGACACGCUGUGUUGAAUCAAAAAAGUUUAAAUAUGAACCGGGAACGACGUAUGUAUUCGACUAUAACGCACAGACCGAAACAGGUAUGGAAGGUGCAUCUGAAGAUAAGGCUGUCCUAGGAAUCAGUGCUACAGCUCAUGUUGAAGUUAUCUCCAAUUGUGAUAUGGCUUUAAGAUUGAGCAAUGUUCGCCUCGCUCCACAGUCCAGUUCACAGUUUACCAGAUCACUGGAAGAGAAUGCUCUCCGCUUCUCAUUCCAAGAUGGUUCUAUUGAAGAUCUGUGUCCACCCAUGGAUGAAACCGACUGGAGUUUGAACAUCAAGAGAGGUGUUUUAUCAACCUUCCAGAAUUCUAUGGACAACUUGGAAAACGACGGAACUGUUCAGGAGACUGAUGUAACUGGAUCGUGUCCAGCUGAAUAUACACUGGUUAACAAGGGCUGGUAUACUAAGUCUAUCAAGAAGACCAAGAAUCUGUUGGGCUGUAUGGACAGACAUGGAUGGAGAAGCGCUAUGCAUGGUUCUCCCUACAGAGUUCCAUCUGAUAUUCAGUCGUUACCUCUGAUCAAGAGUGACCAUGUUUGUAAUCAGGAGAUUGAUACCAGAGGAGGACACAUGACAAGUUCUGUUUGUAAAGAAACCCACGUAUUCCGACCAUUCUCACACUACAAUAAUGGGUCCCUCACUAAAGUUGUUCAGAAACUCAACUUUAGAAAUAAAAUGAAAGGCGUCACCACCAGACAAUCUUACAUUGAUAAAAGAGCUUCACUUCUCUUCACUCAUUCCAAUGGACACAAAGAUAUGGAACGAAAACAACAGGAGGUCUUGAACAAACUCACCACACUCUGUCAAGUCACCAUUAAGGACAUCCGUCCAGAAGUCCCAACACUUUUCUCGGACAUGAUAUUCCAGAUGAGAGGACUUGAUGCAACAUCUUUAAGAAACAUUGAAAGACAAGUUUCCCGGGGAAGCUUAUGCCCCCAAAACACCGAAAAGACCAAGAAAUUCUUCCUUGAUGCUAUUCCCAUGGUCGGAACCAGCAGCUCCGUUCAGCUUCUCAAAGAACUUGUGAUUAACAAAGAGGUGACUGGAAUCCAAGCUGAAAUGUGGUUGACAUCUUUAGCUCUGAUACAAGAACCAACACUCCAGAUGCUUUCGGAGGUCAAGGCUAUCCUGAAUAUGAAUGAAUUGGGCGAUAAAUCCAUGCUACCUAUCUCAUCUCUCGUCAACAACUAUUGUAGAAAGAACCCAAACUGUGCUGAUGAGCAUGAGGUCACUGGAAUCAUUUCAGCUCUAGAAAGGAAUUUGGGAUACGGAUGUUACGUCCGGGAUGAGAACCUCCAGAAGGUCCUAUUGACCCUAAGAGCUAUUGGAAAUGCUGGUCACAGUUCAAGUGUUGCUGGCCCUCUAUCUCAUUGCCUUACACGUCAGUCAAACCCAAUCGAAGUCAGAGUUGCUGCCCUUGAUGCCUUCCGACGUCUGCCAUGCUCAGCUGAUAGAAUCGAAGCCAUGUCCCUGUUGGAAGACAAAGACGAAGAUUCUGAGCUCAGAAUCGCUGCUUAUUUGACAGUGAUGAACUGCCCAACUGAAGAUAACCUUAAUGAAAUCCGUGCACUAUUGGCAGCAGAAGAAGCUAACCAGGUUGGAUCUUUCAUCUGGUCACAUCUCACCAACUUAAUGGAGACUGACUGUCCACACAAACAGAACCUUAAAUCCAUUGUUGAUGACGAAACUCUUAAAAAGGAAUUCGAUUUGGAAAAAGUAAAGUAUUCCAAAAAUUACGAGGGAUCUUUCAUGUUUGAUAGACUCAAUACCGGUGCCAUGGUUGAAAGCAACGUCAUCUGGUCCAGUAAAUCCUUCAUCCCGAGAUCUGCUAUGGUCAAUCUUACCGUAGAUCUUUUCGGUAACUCCGUCAACCUGUUUGAAGUUGGUGGACGUAUUGAAGGCUUGGAAUAUCUUCUGGAAACCUACUUGGGACCAUUUGGUUAUUUUGGAGAAAAGAGUUCAAAGACAAGCGUUGAGAAGAGCCGAGCUAAAUUAGAACAGAUGCGAGGAUCAGUUUAUAUGAGAGUGUUCGGCAACGAGAUGAUGUACAAUCACUUCAAGGGUUUCGAUGAUUUCAAAUCAAAGGAUUUCAACUUCUUGGAAUUCUUGAUUAAAAUUUCAAAAGACCACGACUAUUCCUUUAGUCAGAGUAUGAUGUUCCUGGAUUCUAGUAUGGUUAUCCCAACUGCUGCUGGUCUACCUCUUAACCUGACAGUCAACGGAGUCACCAGUAUCGAUCUAAAAGCAUCUGGAUCAGUCGAUCUUCGUAAAGUUGCCACCAGCCCAAGAAGUCUUCAUAUUGAUGGAAUCAUCAAACCAAGUGGAGCUGUUACCAUCAGUGGAUCAAUGAGUGUUGACGCUUUGUUUACCAAGAGUGGAAUGAAGAUGACCAGCACCCUUCACUCCAGUACUGCACUUAAAACAACGGCAACCCUCCAACGUGGUAAAAUUCUUGAAAUUGAUAUCGACACCCCUGAAGAGAAAAUGGAAGUAUUGGACAUCAAAUCCUCGUUUUUCACUAUUAUGGGUGAUGUAGAGAAGGAACAAGAAAUGAUCAAAAACAACUAUAAAACUCGAUCUUUCUGUAGUGGUAAAAAGAUGGCUGAUCUUACUGGUGUUGAGCUGUGUGGUGAAUUGAGUUAUCCCAACGCCUCCAUGGUUGAUGCAGCUCCAUACUUCCCAUUUACUGGACCAGUUAGCAUGAGUCUUAUACUCCACAAACGGGAUACUCAUUCUGGAUACAAAUUACUGGCUAAACGUUUAGAGACAAAAGAAAAGAGUGUAGCACAGUUAGCUUUCGACACACCAGGAUCUAAAACCAAAAGAAAAAUCUCGAUGGACAUGGUCAUUGAUUUUAAAAACAAGGAAGUAGAAGUCAGUGCCACUUCACCAUGGACCAAGAUGGUUCUUAAAGGAAAUGCAAUCUUAGAAGAAAAACAGAAAGCCUUUAUUGGAAGUUUUGUUAAAGACGAUGAAAAAUACGAAGUCCGAUCUAUCGUUGAUGUCAAUAAUGAAGGAAAAUUAACCAAACUGUCACCUCGAAUUGAAGUUUCGCGACCAGGAGCUAAAGAUAUCGUUCUUGCUGGAUCUGUUGAAAUCGAAGGCAAGAAACGAUUUGAGACGGAUCUAUCAUUAAUUGGUGUUAUUGAUCACCCAAUCUCUCUCAAAGGAGCCAUUGUUGAUACUAGCAAAGAAAAGAGCAUCCGGGGCAGUAUUCAGUUUGAUAAACGAGGUGAAUACACGAUGGAAGCCGUUUUAGAAAUGGAUAUAAGCAAGAAGAAGUCAUCGUUCAUGAGAAUCGUCCCAAGAUUCGCUGUAAAAACACCCGUCGAACAUUUGAUAUCUGUUGAUGGUGAUAUGGAACACCGUCCGGGUAAGGUUGUAAUAGGAAAAGUAAUCGCAACAGUUAAGGAUCUGCUACGAAAACCCAUCAGCAUCGCCUUCAAUAACGUCCGAGUUGAAAGAAAGAAGUUUGUGAGAUAUGACACUGAUAUCAAAAUUGCCUCACAAUGGCUGACAGCUAAAGUAGAUGGUACUGUUAACAAAGUUAAGAGUGGUGUCGUAUCUUCCCGAGUUGUUUUGGACUACACGAUACAUAAAGUAACCAAGAAUAAGAUCAUUAUGAGUGGUAAAUUCAACAACAAGAGUACCAAAUCACUUACUAAAUACUCACUUAGCACUAAUUUUGAUGUUAAGAAUAAUCCAGAGUACAACUUUAUAACAAAACUGGACCUAGCUCACAAUAAACGUCAUAGCGAGGCAACAGUUGAAGUUCGUUACGGUAAAUGGCUCAGCAAAAAGACAAACGACAAGAGAAUAUUUAUGGAUGCCACAUUCAACCACAAGGGAAACAAAGCAGCAGCCAAAGCUGAUUAUGAAAUUAUCGCCGAGCUCCCAAUGCUUGAUUUAAAUUUCACCUUAAGCGGUGAACACAAACAUGACAGAAAUGAUCUACAAAACAACCUGGUUUUGGAAUACGGUAAAGGUCAAAAGGUUAAGUCCGACUUAAAACUCAGCAGAAAGGCAGGCAAAGUCUUGAAUAUGGUAGGAGAUUUUAAUUUGGCGUUUCCCAAAAAUCAAAUAAGCAUCAUUACAGAUCUGACCCAGGUGAAGAAGGAGUAUACCCAUAAUCUCAACGUGAAGAUAAACAAACGGAAGUUAAGCAUUACAACUAAGUAUGGACGACCCAACAAAGAUAAACACGUGAUCAGUUCCCAAAUGAGGUUACCUAUGCUGAUAGACGUUAUGAAGAACUACAAUCUGGAUAUAGACAUGCAACAACCAAUCACUUUCAGUGGAAGCACCGUCCUCAACUUCAACAAAUUCAGAGCAGCAGCCGAAGUGGAGCAUGGUAAAUCUAAAUAUGGAUUCACAACCAGUAAAAUAUCCCAGGACAAAUACAACCACGUUGUCGACCUGGAGGUUUACUGUCCAUACCGCAAACUGUCCGCUGAUCUCGAUACCACAAUGAAAGGCUCACAAUAUGGCGGUAAAUUGGCAGUCAACUGGGAUGUCGAAAAUAGAAACGCGAAUACCAAGGUUGUCCUAGAUGGUGGCGUGGACUUCAAAUCAUUAGCCGACAUGAAUGGAAAUCUGAAAAUUAUUUAUCCAGGAAGAACCAUUUCUGUUAACGCCAGCCACAAAGGAAACGGAGUAAAUACUGACAUCAACACCCAUGUCGACGUUGCCUGGAACAGAAAAGAUAAAAUCAACAUGGAUCUUGUUCAUUCAAACCGUAGAGGACAAAUUGACACCGAUUUGACGGUUACCACACCUUUUGAGAUCCUUCCCAAGCUAUCUACUGUAUUCAGUUACAAUAAAAACCCGAGUGACACCACGAUUACAGGUAUGGUCUCCUGGGCAGACCAGAAACAGAUAUCAACAGGCAUCACCAUGAAGCCAUUUAAAGCUGAUGAAUCGAGUAUAGAAAUUGAAUUGAAAACCCCAUUCGUUAACUACAGAAGCAUGUCUGCAGCAUUUUCACAUAAAUUUGCAAACACCCUCACAGCCACCUUGAAAGCAAAACUUGAGAAGCAAUAUGCUGACAUAGAGUUCCAAAUCAACCCACCCGGCAGUAUAAGACAAAGGGGCCCCGAUGCACUCAUUACCUUCAAGUCAAAUUUCAAAGAUAUGGAAUCUAUCAUUGCCAGACUGAACUACGUUAGCGUUGGUGAUAGAUACAUUGCAGACGUUUCCAUUGACCAUAAUAGUAAAAAGUACUCUUACGACUUGGACAUGACUGCAAAUGGUUUUGGAUGGAACAUGAAUCAUACAGGAAAGUUAAUAGUGUCAGCGCCCUACCAUAGAAGUACAUCAAACUGGAACUUGGUCUUAACAGAUUCUGACUUCAAGACUGACUUCUCAACCACCUGGAACAGGAAAUACAAAAUACAGUUUGACGUGUCUGGAAGUUACUCUUCAUCUGCCACCAAGACAUUGAAUGGAAAGAUAACACUCCAGACUCCGUGGAACAAACUUCGUGAUGUCAUUGUCGAUUUUAAUAAUGAAUUUGAACGUGAAAGUAUCGUUCAUUCCACAACCGUCAAGCGCGAUCAGCGAGUUAUUGGCUCAAGCAGUAUUAAUUACAGAAGAGGUGUCAGGAAUGUUAUCUUCAAUGUUGCGGCCACAACCCCAUAUACUGAAGACUUAUCCGGUUCACUGAACGUAGAAACUAGCUCACCCUACAACAGCCGUAUGGAAUUACAGUGGGCACCAAGAAUGAAAAUAGUAGCCGAUGGUUUUAUCUCUGGCGAUUUACCAACAACACUGGAUGGUAGCCUAAGCAUAACUACACCGUUCAAGCAUUUACGAUCAAUUGUUGUAACGGCCAACAACAAAAAGGAGGGAGGUGUAUGGAUCACCACCGGCAACGUUGAAUACAAUGUCAGAAAAACUGUUGAAGUUGAAACACGCUUGGGAUGGGAAGACCAGAAGAUGUUCAAGGCUAAACUAUUAACUCCAUUUGAUAAAAUCCGGGAACUGGAGACCGGGUUCCACUUCUCGAAUGGCAUGUACGACAUCAAUAGCCAAGCCGAGUUCAAACUCUUGCCCAUUGUUGAAAAAUUUGCAACAUCACUCAAUGCCAACUGGAGAUCCGAUAUCACAGGUACACUCAGACUUGAUACUCCGUUCAAAGAGUUCCGUUACGCCCAGGCCGAUGUUUCAAGCCGUUUGGAAAAUACCGGACGUAAUUCAAAGAUCGAAAUCGAAUAUUACCCAGGAAAGGUCAUCACCUUGGAUAGCCUCUACAACUUGGACUCACCAUAUACCUUCGAUAUUAAAUUGAAAACUCCCUUCGAACACCUUAAACAAGUUGGGGGUAGUGUCCGUCAUAUGCACAACCAACAUCAUAUCCAGACCCAUGCUGAAAUCAAUUACGCUCCACACAAGACACUUGAAGGCGAUCUUUUAUUGACGAUGAAGGAUGGUAUUGAUGGUUCACUUGUGGUCAAGACUCCUUCCCGUGGAUAUGAGGUCAGCAGAUCAACCUUCAAACAUAACGGUAUCUUGACCAACUUCCAAUCUAGCGGAGACGUACAGAUUGGCAACAAAAUAUUUGAUGCUGAAAUUAACUUUAGCCAUGAUUCUACGACAUCUGGGUCUAUUAUCUUCCACAGUCCAUUUGAUGGCUUUGAAGAACUGAAAGCAUCCGUGACGAAAAACGGAGAGCUGGAUGAUUUCACCUUUAAAUCGUCUUUCAAUUAUGGAAAAAAUAAAGAAAUUAAAGCUUACUUGGACAACAAAAUUAGAAGAGGAUUAAUAAAAACUAACAUUUUCCUAAAGAACCCCUACACAGCUCCAUUUAAACUGGAUUUUGACCAUUACGGACUUCCAAAUAACUUCCAGACAAAACUCUCUUCCUCUUUGGGACAUGACAACAUGGUAGAAGCUGAUACCAAAUUCAAUAUUCAACUCCCAUCUAUUGAUCUUUCUAGUGAUGUAGAUUACCUUUUGGAUGGUGAAGGUCGAAAAUUCGGUAUUAAGUUAAACAAAGAUGGCGAAUGGAAUAAUACGAGAGGUGAAAUAAGAGCCACUUGUGACGAGCAUGUUGCCUCCGUCGUUGGAAACUUCAAAUUUAUGGACAACAUUAUGGGAUCUCUAACUGUUGAGGCACCCUAUUUUGAAGACAAAGACAUAUCUGUAUCAUUCAGCCACGAUGGUUCCUUACACAACUUUAAGUCUGAAGGUAACAUCCGUUAUCUGGAUUCAACUUACACCGGUAACGUAAACUUUUUUGAUGACGGCGUGAAACAGGUCCGGGUCUCUUGUGAAAUAUCUACUCCAUACCAAGGUUAUGAACAAAUGGGUUACGCAUACAACCACGAGAUGACAAAUAGCACCCUUGUAGGACACGCCAAAGCAUCUUACGGUUAUAACAAGGAAAUCGUAGCUGAUAUUAGUCUGUCUAAUGCGCCAAUGUCUUGCAAUAUCAUAGUUACCACACCCUUCGAGAAUUAUACAACAAACCGACUUAUCUUGAAAGGAGAAGGAGAAGUACGAAAUUUCAGGCUUCAGGGUGAAGCUGAACUUCUAGGUGAAAUUCUCAAAGUCAUUACCAACUUCAGACUCAAUGGAAAUACUAGUGGCCUAUUCACAAUGAAAGGUUCCUCCGAUAAGAUCAAGGAUACUACCGUCUCUUUCGAAAAGACUGGUGGAUUAAAUGACUUUACCGCCAAGGCUGCUUUCAACUAUGACGGAAAGAAAGUCAUCGAGUGUAGCGUCAAUAACACGUACAAACCACAGGAAAGACUGUCUUCCUCCCUCAGUCUUCAAGGUAUGUUCAUGGAAGAUCUUGACUUGUCCUUCUCACAUUCCGGAAUUCCGUUGAAGAACUGCAGCACCAAACUUCGAGUCUCUCUGGGAUCAAAGAUUUCCGCUGGUUACGAAUCAAAGAUUACAGAUGGUGAUGAUUCUAUGACCGUUAUCCUUGACGGUGACUAUAAAUACUACGGAUCAGCCAACCGAGCUUAUGUCAACGUUGUUAAACGAGGAGAACUGACCGAUGGUGGACUUCACGCUACUGGAAAGAUCAACGAAGGAGAAAUCUUAGCUCAAGCCACAUACAAAAUUAGUGCCGACAAGGUACACGUAGACGCAUCAGUCAAUACACCAUUCAUCAACUUCACAGAUUUGGCUGCUAACGUUGACUAUAACCGCCAAGGAAACCGAUAUAACGCCGGUGCCAAUUUGAGAUACAUGGACGGACAGGAAGUUUCAGCCACUGGAAGCCUUUAUCAAUUUGAUUGGAAACGCGUUGAGGCUAAUCUUCAGGUCAAUACGCCAUUCGGUGGAUUUGAAGAAACAAAGCUGGAUUAUAAACAUACCGUGGAUGGCAGUUCUGUCGAUUCCAACAUCAGUGCUGAAUAUGGAAAUAGACAACAGAUUGUAUCUGAAUUGCGAGUCAAAUCUGCAAACCUAAACACCUUUGACUGGAGUGUAAAAACACCAUUCCGUGGAUACAAGGUCAUGUCCUUAUCCGCCAAUAUGCGAAAGAACAAGCUCCGUCCAAGCGCUGAAAUGAAAUUAAAGUUGGGCAAAAAUAAGGUCUACAGCAUCGAAGGAGAUUUAGAUACCACUGCCAUUCCCAUGAAUGGUAAAAUAAGUAUCCGUACACCAUUUGAUAAAUUAGACUUUGUUGAUAUCAGCUUUACUCACUUGGGACAAUUGAAAGAUUUCCAAACCACUGCUACAGUAGAUUCCAAACCAACAGGUCGGGUAGAUACCGAAGUUCAAUUCCGAUAUGUUUCACCAACAUCUUUUCAGGCUAACGCCGAGCUAACCAGUCCAAUCACACACAUGGAAGAACUAAGGUUCAGUGCUGAAAACGAAAAGUACGGCCGUGAAGCUAAUGCACAUUUCCUUGUCGGAUGGGAGCCCAACAAGAAAAUUGAAAUGGACGGCUCUUAUCAAAAGACAGAAGGAUGGUCUUCAGAAUCACACACGGGUACUGUCACUUUAUCAACUCCCUUCGAGGUUGUCAAAACAACGACCAUCAAUAUGAAAAGCACACAGAAUGGGGACAAAUACGCCGAAUCCCUUUCAGCUUCCUUGAACGAAAAUCAAAUCGUUGAUAUGGACGUGGAAGUUAUCACAGCUGAUCGACCCGAAAUGUCCAUUGACAUGAAUAAACCAUACCCUAUGGAAAUGAAAUUGACUAUCCAGAAGGAUCGCAUCAUUGGUGGUGAUGUAUACGUCAACUGGAACAAACGACACCCAGAACAUAAUCUCCGAUUCCAAUCUUCUUUCACUCCCAACGGCGGUCGAUUUGAUAUUGACAAGGAAUUCAACGUUAAAUUGAUCCACCCAGUAAGAACUAUGGGCGUGAGUGGUGUUGUUCAAACCUCAGACAAUACAGUAAAGAGCCACGGAGCCAUCAUAUGGAACGACCACAAAGGACAGAGACUUGGUUACGAGCUGAACUUGUCGGAGAAAAACCGUCGAAACCACAAAAUGAUCAAUGGGGAUCUAAAGAUUGAACUACCCAUGCGAACCAUUGCCUUAGAAGGAUCAACGACUAAUGCUCCAGCUCGUAAGAAUGUUGAUGGGUCUAUAAUGUGGGAUUCUGGUCGAGAUGAAUCCAAGAAAUUCGGGUUUAAAGCUAGUCUAGAACCCGGACAAAGAACCAAUAAAGUUGAUCUCACGCUUAGCUUGCCAUCUAUUAAAAGGGACAUCCGAAUUGGCUCUGAAAUGACAGUAUAUAGAGGUCGAGUUAUAUUUGACGGUAAGACGGAGUUAUCUUAUUCACCAGACAGCAGAAAAACUCUGAUCCUCACCUCCAACGUUAAGGAUGUAUCUUAUGAUAGAACUCACAAGAACUACACCAUGUCUCUGGGUAUCAGUCAUCCAUACACCGACACUGAUGUUCAGCUGACUUCACACAUUGGACGGUCCACUGAUAAGUACAGCACUGGUGUGGAACUUCAGUACCUUACAGCAUCACGAACACAAAUGAACAUGGUACUUCUGGGAGAAAUAGAUCAACUCAGGCGACAGAUCAACAUCGAGGUUAUUAAUCCACUGAAGAAGAUGAAAUUAUCUGGUGAAGUUGAAAGCAUGUCACCAUUCCACGCUACUUUAAAGAACAUGAUUGACGACAAGCCCAGUGUUUCUGCCGCACUUUCGUAUGAUGAGAAAACAUUUGAGUUCCAGACUAACUAUGACAAUAAUGAUCUGUCUAAGAGCUUCCAUUUGGAGGGUAAAUACGUCAACAGCAGCGCCAUUAGAACCGAGGCCUACACAAUGAUCAAUGGACAAAGAACUGUGGAGAACGUUAUGUCAGCUCGGCUCAACACAUCCAGAAUUCUCCAUUCUAGAAUCACAUGGAGGCCAGCCAUAGUGGAGGAAUUAAAGAUGUUUUCACACCAGAAAUUACAAGAACUGUUGAUGAUAUCCAACCAUCUAUCACAAGAAGCUAAGGCUCAAAUUGGACGCGAACUUUCUCACAAAUACAAUCAAAUAUCUGAAAACCUGGCCGAAGAAAUAAAACCAUACGUUGCCUUGGUGUCAGAAGAAUUGGUUUUCCUUGAAGAACAAUUAAAAAAUCUUGUACGAGAUUUAAGAAGAAUGCAUAGUAGAAAUGAUUUAUAUAUCAGAGAUAUGGGCGACAAAGUACAGAACUUUUAUUACAUAGGCCAUACCAAUUUGAGAGAGCUGAUUGGACACUACAAACAGUCCUACGAAAGUAUGAUUGGAAGUGUUUCAUCGGCUGUUCAACAAUUCCAAGCUUACCCAAUCAGACAAAAGUAUUAUGAAGCUCUCUACAAAGCCGAGAUGAUGAGUGAGAAGAUAAUUGAAGAUGUAAAUGAAUAUAUAGAAACAAUUAUAGCUGAUAUCAGACAAUGUGUAGAAAAACAUACAAACUUGGUACAAGCACAUGUUAAUGAUGCAGUAGUUAAAAUCACCAACCAUCCACGGGUUCAAAUGUUGCACCAGAAACUACAGGAUCUGAAAAACGCCAACUAUGGGGAAUAUUUGACUGGAAUCAACCAAAAGCUGGGCGAUCUUAUUAGUUCCAUGAAGCUCGGUGAACACUACAAUGACGCCAUUAAUAAUAUACACUCCGCGAUUAACGGCCAUUUUGAUCAGUUCAUGAAGAGAGAUGACGUCAAAUAUGUACAUUCAAUGGCCAAUGCAGCUUACCAAGAGGGUAAAUGGGCCUACGGUUAUUGGCAGGUUGAAAACAACGCCAAACUUCAGUUGCAGGAAUUGAAAGAACUUUUAAAACAGAUGGUCCGAGAAGAGAUCGAGAAAUUCAAAGCAAAAUUCAGCUUCAUUCCCAGUGUGAACGUGACCUAUUUUAACCCCACACAAGGAGAGCUCCAGGCUGAUGUUUAUCUCCCCUUGCCGCUUACCUCCCUUGAUCGCCUACCAACGGACUUAUACAAGGGUUACAUACAAGAUAUGAAGAACAUGGCCGACAAAUAUCUACCAACACAAGAUUCACUCAAGAAAAUGUACGAUGACUAUUUCCCAGCCAAGAAUCAAACUGAUGUCAAUGGAUUUAAGAAAGAUCUACAGGAAUACCUCGAAACACCAACAAAGACAAGGAAACGGGCACGAUCAUUUAAGGCUCGUGGAAGAAAAUUUCGUCAACUAGCAGCUUAGUUAACCAAUGAUUACCAAAGUAUAUUAUUUCAUUAUAAUUAUUAGUGUAUAUUAUUACUUAUAAUUAUUGUAUAAUAGUUAUAAUUUAUUAUUUAUGUAGAUAAUAGUUUAUUCAGUAAUAAAAAAAUUGGAUUGUAA